CCGUGAAGUUUUCUUUGUCUUUCUUAUUGGUCACCAGUGUGACAGACAACCUCAUUGAAAUCACCUGAGCGCAGGAUUCUUGUUGCCAAGGAAACGGCGACAUCCAUUGGCCUGUAGUUUACCAUGUGACCCAAGGUUUUACGUCCUAGUAGGCGGGGCUAGUGUUCUGCCCUCCGGGCUAAACCGAGUAAUCCGGGUUUUGGGAAAUCUUGUAGAACUCAGGAGUUGAUGCUGCCCGACCGAGCUUUUCUCUCUCCCUCCCAGUCUGUGAUACCCUUUGCUGUGAUUAUUUUCCGGCUGCAACUGCUCUCAGCUUGAUUCGUAGCACACAUGGACUAUUAAAAAAGUAAACAGACUUCAAAAGUACCCCAAAUAAUCUCAAGCCACCCUAACAUCUAAAAUGGGGAAACAGAACAGCAAACUCCGUCCAGAGGUGAUGCAGGAUCUGCUGGAAAGCACCGACUUCACUGAAGCCGAGAUCCAGGAGUGGUAUAAGGGGUUUCUGAGGGACUGUCCCAGUGGUGCCCUCUCCAUGGAGGAGUUCAAGAAGAUCUACGGCAACUUCUUUCCCUACGGAGAUGCCUCAAAAUUUGCUGAGCACGUCUUCCGCACCUUUGACGCCAAUGGGGACGGGACGAUAGACUUCAGGGAGUUCAUCAUUGCUCUGAGUGUGACGUCACGAGGCCAUCUGGACCAGAAGCUGAAGUGGGCUUUCAGCAUGUAUGACCUGGACGGAAACGGAUACAUCAGCAAAGCCGAGAUGCUGGAGAUUGUCCAGGCGAUCUACAAGAUGGUUUCCUCCGUGAUGAAGAUGCCAGAGGAUGAGUCAACACCUGAGAAACGCACAGACAAGAUCUUCAGACAAAUGGACACAAAUCGUGAUGGUAAACUGUCUCUAGAAGAAUUUGUUGAGGGAGCAAAGAACGAUCCUUCCAUUGUGCGCCUGCUUCAGUGUGACCCCAGCAGCGCUGGCCAGUAGAGGGCUCAGUCUUCAAUACUGUUAUUUAUUCAUUUCAAAACUAUUCCAUUCAACCAGUAGUGAAAACCUGUCCACAUGAUCCAUAUGGACCAGACAACCAUGGACCCAAGCCAAGGCCAUGGACCCAAGCAGAAACCAUGGACCUAUAACUUGUGUGUCUCUACAUCAAAUGCACACUCUCCUGGAAAAGUGUGAAAAUCCUGGGAUCCAUUGACUCUUACCCCCCCCCCCCCCACCCCCCAUAUAAUACAAACCUCCGCCAUUAACACUGUAUGUUCAUGAAUCUGUAUACAUUUACAUUCAUUCACACACAGCGAGAUCCGGCCCAGGUACAUUUAGACCCAGUAAAGACACUGCUUCCCCAACACCACCUGAUCAGACUCAGGUACUUAUUCCAGAGGACAAACAAUUGAAAUCACAUCAGAGACUUUUCAUUACACCUCCACAUCCAAAGUGGAUGAGAAGACAAGCCAGUGUCUGACAGUGGGCUGUUGUCCCGGGAACACAAUGAACUACGUCAGUGGUUUUUAGAAAUCUCCUCUGGGACCCGCAGAUGUUUUAAAUACAAGGAGCGGCUGGGAGUCUGGAAGGAGAGGUGUGAGAAGAUGCUCUACAGGAUGUUACUUUAAGAAGGACAUGGCUGUUUAGCACCCCUUUGAAGACAGUUUGGAUAAUUCAGCUGGUAGAACACCUAACGAUAAUUUCCAGGGUGAGAUCUGGUUAAAAUCAGGAUAUUACCACCAAAAUGCAUCAUACUUUACACACACCUUACAGUGGUCCUCUUCAUGCUGGUGAUUUUCAUUAGUGACUGGGCAAAAAGCGAUCGCUGGAUAUAAUACAUAUUAUACCUGGUGGUAAAAUGGUGGCAUUUAAAUUAUUUCAAUUAGAAGGAUAAUGUCUGCAGUUUAAUAAUUGUAAUCCUAGGAUGGUACAGAAGCAAAGUAGAGGACCCUACAUUCCCCUAUGCAUUAUCUCUACCAUUUAAAUAGACUCACAAAGCAACAGUUCACUCAUAGAAACAGGUAUCUGUCCUCAUCUCUGAUGUAAAGUAUGUGACUGGCUUUGUUCCUGGUACUCCAGUGUGAGUCCAUCCUACAUUCUGGGACAUUGUGUUGCAUUUCAUCUUGUUUGUUUUUUAUUAUAUUGACAUGUGAAGCAAUCAGUGUACCUGCUGAAAUGCGUACAGACAAUAGGGACCUGCAGUGUACCCCUGAAAACCUCUGAUAAGCACAGAGAGAGACGGAAGGUUCUGGUCCAGGUUUUCUGCUCUGCAGGGUCUUCAGGUCCGAUGGGAGAAAUAAUCCACUGAACCAAGGCUUCAUCUUAAUCACAUCAGAACAAGUGUUUCUAUUAAAUAUUCAUUGGUACGAGACAGGAGGAUAAUUUCAGCAUUGUAUAAAUAUUUCAUUUUUGGCAUGUUUGGCUUAUUUUUUCGAAUACAGCGCUACAUAUUUUACAUAGCAUCAUCAUGUGGUCAAGUGCCAAAUAUAAAUAUAUACAAAGAGGUCAACAAUAGUAUUUUAUCAGUGUAUACUAUACUUAAUUUGUCAAAGAAAAUAUUUGUCAUUGUAUCAUUUUGUGGAUUUUGUAUGUUUACUUUGUUGGAUUAUGUGUCAGAAUAGUGUUUAAAUACAGAAAGUCUGUAUUUUUAGAUUAUUUUAUGGAGAAAAUAAAAAUAUAUAAAAUAUUGUGCGCAGGCAAUAUUCUGAAUUUACUAUGAAGUAGCCUCCCCUAACAUGGCACCCAAUCAGGCUGAAACACAAAAAAAUUACAAAGAUGCAAUUUCUUCACAUGUUUAUUCAGUCACCAACAUACUGUUCCUAUGUACACAAUGAGGGUUUGGUUCUGGAACAACCAACCAGAAGCCAGUAUCACCCAUGAGGAACUGGCCUCCACCAACCAGAGGCCGGCAUCACCCUGGAGGAACAGGCCUCCACCAACCAGAGGCCGGUAUCACCCUGGAGGAACAGGCCUCCACCAACCAGAGGCCGGUAUCACCCUGGAGGAACUGGCCUCCACCAACCAGAGGCCGGUAUCACCCUGGAGGAACUGGCCUCCACCAACCAGAGGCCGGUAUCACCCUGGAGGAACUGGCCUCCCCCAACCAGAGGCCAGUAUCACCCUGGAGGAACUGGCCUCCACCAACCAGAGGCCAGUAUCACCCUGGAGGAACUGGCCUCCACCAACCAGAGGCCAGUAUCACCCUGGAGGAACUGGCUUCCUGGCUGACAGCCUUUCAGAAGGCACCACUAACAUAAAAUCACAUUUUGCAUAUUGUAGCUGUUAUAAAACCACAAAUUUAAAUUUGAAACUGGACAAUUUCAGAGUACAAAUAAUAAUAAGCAUUAAUGCAGUAAUAAGUACUUUAAAGAGGUGUUCCCUUGAGAAACGUCACUAAUCGCUGAGAAAUAGCUACCAAUAAAUAACAUGAGUACUGAACAUCACACAGCUGACCCUCUGUCUCUAUACAGGGGAGGUCAUGACAACAGUCCCCAGUACAGUUGAAACCAAAAGACCAUUUAACAUAGCCUGAAAUCCAGUAUGUUGUUACUAACAUUCCACUCCUUGCCAUUCCUUGGCAGAACAAAAAGUCCUUGUGUCCUUCAUCCUGAUUAAAAAAUCUUUGUAGCAUGUAAUUGAGCCAGAUUUUGGCCUAAUCUUGUCUGUUUACUUCUAAGAUCAUAAUAAAAAUGUUCUGUUAUA